AUGUCGACUAAUGUCAGCUCGACACUCGUACAGCGGGCGAAGGCCAAUUGGGUAGUGUCAACUGUUGCUGGACUUGGAGUCCUUAUCCUUGCGCUCUUUCUAGCGAGCCCUACUAUAUUCCUAGACCGUUAUGGUGGCCGUGUUCAAAGCAAGGAUCCCAAAACUCGAUAUCUGAGUCAUGGAGGCCUCAACAAUGAGCAUUGCUGGACAGACCAUUCGGGCCAAACCUGUGAAGACGUUAAAAUCCAUCAUGAGACCGACACUGCAUUCCUUGCUUGUGGAGAUCCGGUAGGAAGAUCUCAGUUCUAUCCACCGAUCAAUAAUCAUCGGACGUCGAAACGAAAAGACUUUCGGGAAUAUUUCUUGAAAUAUGACAUCAAGGGUAACAAAACCACGAGGCUAGAAGUCAAAGGUUGGGACGGAGAUUUAGUCCUCCAUGGCAUCGAUAUUUGGAGGUUCAAAGAUGAUCCUUCUAAGAUACAUUUGUUCGCUGUGAACCAUGGCCGCAAAGGUGAAUCGAUCACGAUCUUCUCACACAAACUCGGGACAAACCUUCUAGAGUUUGUCAAGGAUAUCAGUCACCCCAAGCUGAAAACACCGAACGCAGUAACUCCAUCUGGGCCUCUCUCCUUUUUCAGCACUAACGACCACUAUUACUACAACGGCAUCUUGCGAACUCUUGAAGACAAAUACGCGCCGUUCCAGUGGGCCUCGUGGGUAAUUCAUUGCGACGGGUCUGGCUCGACAACCACUUGUCGAAAAGUCGCGGACGACCUUCAAUACGCCAAUGGUAUCCUUUUGACGGAGGCUGGCAAGACUCUCCUAGUCAAUGACUUGUACGAGGGCACGACGAUCGUUUACAGUGUUGAUCCAGAGACAAAGGAUCUCGUGCUGGAGAGGAAAGUUAGACUCGGAGGGACACCAGAUAAUCUCGCCGAAAUUCCCUCCAAUGGAGACAUUGUAGUGCCAGUUUUUCCCAAUUUGGUUACACUGUUUAAACGCGGCUUCGGGCCUGGGGGCCUUGACUACGGCACUCUGUGCGAAUCUGCAGUGGUGCGUCUGGACAAGUCAAAGGGUUAUGCUCCAGAGUUGCUCUUCUGGGACGACGGCUCGCAGUUGAGCGUGUUGACUGGGGCUGCGGUAGACCCUUACAAUAAGAGGCUCAUCGCAGGAGGAAUGUUUUCCAAGGCAUUUCUUGUCUGUGACAUCAGCAAUGACAAAACAGGUGUGGUUUUUGGUUGA